AUGAUAAUAAAGGAGUGGGCAAAGCAGUAAUCUUAUUUGGAAUGGUGGGGAUUGAACAAACAGGAUCAUAAUCUACAUUUUCUGAUUACAUGCAAAAGUGUCACAGAUUCAAGUGAUCAAAUUUAUGAGAAAGUGAUACUGUAAAAGCCUUCAUGCAAUCUUAAAAUUUAUUAAACUAUUAAUUCAUUAAAAUAUAAGAAGGAAAACGAUGAUUUGUUGAAGGCAUUCCUCCAGACAAAUUUAACCCAGAUUUCAUUCGGAUUACUUGCAGAUAUGUUAUAAGAACCCUAAAAAAAUUAACUAGUUGAAUUGGAAGUUCAGGAGGACAUCGAGAGUAUUCAAGUAGAUAAUGAACCGAAUGGCAUUAGAACAACUAUGAGGAAAAACCAGAAACCAAUAAGAAAAGUGAAUAGGACAAUAAAUAAAUAAUUUUUCAAUAUUAAAAUUUUAGAUCUAACUCUGUAACUAAUUAAGGAUGACUAUUUCUGA